GGCACCCGAUUCAAUAUGCUCAAUAUGCACUCACUCUCUGGCCCACUGAGGUUAGUAUACUGUUUAGGCAGUGGCCAUCUAGUGCUUGCGAUUUACGUAGUACUAUACAUACACCGUAACCUGACGCAGACUUUAUUAAGGUAGCAAAGGUUAGACAAGGGUGUCGACGUGGGAUUUGCGCCCGCGCUUCGGCGACAUCAUUCGACGGCCUGUCGUCCGUAAUCACAUCAUGAACGACCGGCCCUUUUCCCUACGGCCGCGUCCUGCGCCGAGCCGGGGACCGCGGUCGAUUGAGGAGUUCAUCCGGCGCAUCAGUACCGAGCCUGGCGGAUUUCGCGCUCUCAACUCGGCCGAACUGCAGGCCCAGGUCGGCGCCCGCCAAAACGGCGCCGACGGUGAUCGCGAUGUCGACAUGACCGAUACCCCGUCCGAGGCCGGCAGCGAUGUUGUGGAAGCGAAGGAUGUCGCAGCCGCCCGGGACGAGCUGCUUCGUGCCAUCAACCAAACCCACCAGACAUCCAUGUUCGCCCUCGAUUUCGUGUCCCUCCUCCUGUCCAAAGAGAACCCGGCGCAGGCCGUCGCCACCUUCAGCCCCGGCCUGCGAGACAUGGUCGGCAUCGGGACCCUCGGCGCCUCAAUGCUCGAAGCUCCCACGACUCUUGCUCACGGCAGAGUGCCCGACAACAAGCUGGUGGCAAUUGGCAAGCGUCUGAUGGACCUGAACAAGGCCGCCGACGCGGCUUUGGCCGCGUCCAAAAGACUGCAGCAGGAGAUUGGCUUCGAGACCAAAUACUGGUCCGAAGUGCUGGCCGUGAGCGAGGCCGGUUGGCAGACGUUCCGCAUGCCCUAUGAGCCGCAGACUAUGGGCGUCAAGUUCGGCUUUUCAAAUGCCGCCCCCGAGUUCAAGGCUCAGAGCAUUGCGCCUAUGAGGAGGGCAGCAGAUGGUUCCAUCCGGCUCGAGCAUGGGAAGAUGGGCGGCGGAACCAAGCGUCUCCAAGUCAGCAUCCUUGAGAACGGGGUUACCGUUGGCAGGUCGUCGUUGCCCCGGCCGCUGGCCCCAAAUGCACCGCUCCAGGACCGUGUUAAGGAGUCGCGAGAUAACAUCUUUGCUCGCGAGCUGUGGCUUGAGAUCAACAGGGAGGCUCGCAUGCUGGGCACCCGCGGUGUCUCCUUGGAGGGCUCGGCUGUGACCUACCCCCUGAACGACACACAAACCGUAUCCCUCCAGCUCGUGACUCUUGGUGAGGAGGAAGCGACAUCAUCCGGGGAGCAUGCAGGCGCGCAAGACGCCUUAGCGAAUUGGCUGUGUACAACCUUCAGCCUCCUGCUUAGCAAUGCACACAGAGCCAACGAGCAGAAGCGGUCUGAGUCGAGCGCCAACAAGAGAUCUACCCCUCCGGCCUCCAUCCUCGCACCGUUGAUGACCUACUAUGAGUACGACAGAACCAUCCAGAAGUGUGCGCGACACCUGGCCGUAUUCAACACCGUCCUUCAUGGUGCCGGGGUCGGCACUCCCACCGUUACCAUGAGAGAGACGCCCUUCACACCCAUGCCCGGCGUCCCGGCGUCGACAUCCCUCGCCGAGGUCUUUCUCAAGCCGCCAACGGUCCAGUUCGACCUGACCAUCACGCCAAUCGCCCGUGUACAGAUCCUUCUCAAGCCCACUCUACAGUCCCUCUCGGGCGCAACCUUCUCCGUUUCCUUCGUCCCAUCGGGCCAGCCGACCGCCCCGAACCCACUCGUCGCGCUAACCCCGCUGGCCCCCGAGGAGAACACCUGCCUCGAGGCGCUCUUCACGUACCUCCACGCCACCGUGCCCUGCGCCAUGGCAGCGUCGUAUUACCGGUUCGUUCGGCAGCAGACGGAGAAGUCCCCUGCCCCUCCGACGCCCGACGGCGCUGAUCCAAGCCCGCCGCUGCCAAAGUGGACGAUACACUGGAACAACAACGGCAUCAUCGAUUAUGACACGGGCGAGUAUGGCGUGUAUUUCGACUUCGGCCCCAACCAGGGCACCGGCACUCUGGAACUGAAGGUCACGGGUGUCUUCAUGGAGGAGGGGAAGAAGGUGCGCAGGGAGUGGGUGUGGCCUGGGGCCGAAGGCGCCAUUGGCUCGGUUGUCAAGCAUGUCCUUUCCAAUGGCCCUCCGGAUUGGGACGAGGUAUAACUCCCGAGGGUUGGCGUCUUUGGUGCAAUCGCAAGCCUGUUUUAUAAAGGGGGCAUCGUGGUAAUAUCUAGGAAAUAAGGUUGCGUAUAAUUGCACUGGGUGCAACUAGCAUACGUAGCUAGGGACCCAAAAAGCUAAAUACGAUUGCUCGUUGCACUGCGGAGGCGGAACGGGAACUAAGAGCAUGGGAAAGAACCUACGGUAGACAGUUCUCUAUU